AUGUCUAAAGCAGCAGCCCGCCUGAAAACAUUGAAGAAAGUAGUUGAAAAGAUCAAUCAUGGUAAACUGUGUACGAAUAUUCCGGCUGGAAUGGCUACAGCAGGACCACCAUUAGGUCCAAUGUUAGGUCAGAGAGGUAUCAAUAUCCAAGCUUUUUGCAAAGAUUUUAAUGAGAAAACAAAGGAUAUAAAGGAGGGAGUGCCAUUACCAUGCAGGGUGACUGUGAAUUCUGACCGGAGUUAUGACAUUACCAUUCAUAAACCACCAGCAGUAUUCUUCCUUAAGCAGGCAGCAGGAAUUCAAAGAGCUUCUAUGAAUCCAGGUGAAGAAAUAUCAGGAAAAGUAACUUUAAAACAUAUUUAUGAAAUUGCACAAAUUAAAGCACUUGAUCCCACUUUACAAGUCUAUCCAAUGGAGAGAAUUUGUAAAAUGAUUAUUGGGACUGCAAGAUCUUGUGGAAUUGAAGUUGUAAGGGACUUGGAUCCCAAAGAAUAUGAAGAAUUUCUAAAGGAAAGAGCUGUCAUAAUUGAGAAUCAAAAGAAAGAGUUACAAGAGAAGAAAGAAGCCAAAAUGUUAAGGACAGGGUAGCCUGUAUCAUAAUUAGGUAGAAUUUAAUAAAUAAAUAUAUUAGGAAUUUA